AUGGCUGGCUUCUUACAUGAUACCCGCUCGACGUCUCUCGACCUCACUUGGAAAAGUCCCAAGCAUAACCACAGCUACUUGGCUGGGCACGUGUUUCAGGCGGAAUGGACAGCCAAGAAGUCCCUUGUCUCCCCAUCGUUUCGCCUUUGUGUACAGAGCGAUAAUGAUUCAGACGACUCGAAUUCGAGGAGGUCCCAAGGCGAUGACGACGAUUGCGGAGACUCUGUUUGGCCGUCUGUUGAGCAUGACGGAGAUUCUUAUACGGCUUCGCUUAUGGCCCCCAACAUCACUGAAGACCAAUUGGAGAUGUACUUGCAAUUGCGUGAUGACUUUGGGAAAGAGGCAACUUCUCCGCUUUUCACACUGAGCUCUGCUGCUCCGGCGAGUUCGGACGCAUCAACGGAUAGUGGAAGUAACAGCACGUCUCUAGAAAACCCAUCCUCCAAUAGCCCGACAUCCAAGCCAUCCAGCUCUGCCAAGAAAACGGGACAACCUUCACCGAAACAUUCCGCCACCAACUCGGAGGUGUCUGACGACAAAGCCGACCCUUCCUCAUCCUCACCUACUGUGGCUUCCGACAACGAAACCGCGGAUUUGCCAGUUUCUUCACCCACCUCGCCCGCGUCUGACUCCUCUGGUCAACCUGAUUCUGACGCCCUCAGCCCUGCACUGGCACCAACUUCCUCCCCCGAUUCUUCAAUACCGCUCGAUGACAGCCCGCAAUCAAUCCUCACCAAACCAUCUGCCUCCUCCGUCGCCAUCCUCGCGGUCCCACUCUCCCUCCUCGGCCUCAUCCUAGUUGCAUCAUCGAUCCUGGCAUGCCACCACCACCGCAGCAUGGUCCGCGCGCGCAACGCAGAUCGCGACCGGCUCGAGCGGAGCGCGAGCUUCGUCGCCGCCACUGCCGCACUGAAGACGCACGAGUCGCUCCGGGCCGCGCGGAUCGAGGUGCCAAGGCGAGUCGAGAAGCGAAUGGAGCUCGACGACAUCGUCAGUCUCUACGAGUACGAGCACGACGAGCCUCCGGCACGGUGGGUACACCCGGACGCGUUGGGCAUCUAUCAUCCGACGUGGGGUGCGCCGGGCGUCAAAGAGGGUAGGGUUGAGAAGGAGAGGGAGGUGUUCGACGAUGUCCCGCUCACGCCGCGGCUGCCGCGCAGCAAUGGUUUUGCAGCUGGUCUCGCAGAACUUGCGAGGCAUGAUUCACCGCUGCCACCGCCUCCGGCGCUUAUACCUGGGGUGCUCGUUCGGCCAAGGCCAAGAUGA